AUGAAGCGCACAAGAGACCUCGUGUAUCGACCAUACGAUACUGCGAACUCGGUGACACGCGACUUCUUGAGUCUAAAGAAGAAUCGCGAUGAAGUGUAUUACGUUGGCCAGGAGAAAGAAGUGAAGGUAUCGCCGAAGAAGGAAGCAGCGGCGAGCCCCGCUCCAAGCGAGGCCGCCCCAGUAGUCGCGCCACAGCAAGCCGCCAGCCCUGCACCCGCCCCCAUCUCCGCCGGACCCAUUGAAGACGCGCCUGUUCAGACGGGCGAAAUCAUUCGUACCAUCGUUUCGAUUGCGUUGAAGAAGCCUGCGAAGGAUGUCGCGUUCGACCAGUCCGUCAAGGCUCUCUCUGGAGGGCGCUCAACUCUCCAGAAUGAGAUUACAGGAGAUCUUGAUGCUGAAUUCGGCUCAGCGCCAGAUGGUGCAGAAGAAUUGCCGCUGGGGGAGCUUGCCUCUAUCCUCCAGAAGAGCUUCUCAGGCUCACUGGGUAAGCGUACCAAGUCUCUAGUGGAGAAAUUCACAGGUUCGAAGAUGCCUGGAGGCUUCAAAGUCCGUGAGAUGCUGCAGAGCGACUAUGGGUUUGGCCCAGGCAGACAAGACUCGAUCCUGCUUAUGGCACUGCAAAGUCCACCAGCAGCCCGCUUGGGAUCCGAAGCAGAUGCUAAGACCUUCUGGUCAGGCAUAGUAAAUUCUUAUGUAACUGCCGCCGGACUCGAGCUCAAUAACACCUCUGUUGGCGCACCUGGAUCCGCAGCUGUUGCUGUCGCAGUCGACUCGAAGGCUUUAGACGCGCUAAAUAAACGCUCCGAUUACUUCCAUCGUGAAGUUUACGAAGCGUAUGCGCGCCAUCUUGGGGAGGACAACAACGCUGCAGCUGAGGAAGUUGCCCAGCUAAAGAGCGACAUGCAGAGUAUGCAAAAUGAACUCGAUCUAUGGAACCUUGAGCAUGGGAACGAAUAUGCUAAUGGCAUUAAACCAUACUUCGACAAGAGGAAGGCCCGAGUGUACGAUUCCUUCUGGAACUGGGCUCUACAGGAUGUCUUCAAAAUCUACCACGGCAUCCGCCAGGGGUAUUUGCAUCUCGAAUCGGACGACGUAACGCGAAGACGCCAUCAUCUCCUCAAUCGAUCUAGCAAGCGCUUGACCAAUGUCCUAAUGCAUAUGAUUCAAGAUAUGAAGACGCAGUCAGCACGCUCCAUUGCCACCGAGCUUUGGUUCGAGGAUCUUCUCCAAGACUGCACCGCCGCCUUGAGACAAGCGCCUACAUACGUGGCCGAUAGCCAGAUUACGGCUCCUCGUACAACUAUCGAUGCUAAAGGCUCCAUCAACUUCACCGAGGCAUCCAUCGCGCGUGUACAAAGGGUCGCCCGUGCUUCUGGAGGUGUACUUACCAAGAGCAAGGAUUUCGAGGAUGGCAUUAUCUCGAUGAACGGCAAGGGGCCACUACCGACCCAGAGAGGCCUCGGAUUCAUGCCUCCCACCCCAUCGCUGACUCCUGACCUGUCCAUGAGUCCUUCAUGCAGGUCACCCGAAUCUGACGCAGUAUCAAUCUCAGGGACCGCGCCCUCUCGCGGUACAUACUACCCCAAGAUACAGCAAAAAGCAGCUGGAUUCUGGAAUGAUGCAGAAGACCUCAGUACUCAAUAUGCUGAUGUGCUUGACCAAGCGACCUCGUCAGGUCUUGCCUUCCAGGGAAAGUCAGUCCUCGUCACCGGCGCCGGAAAGGGUUCCAUUGGCGCGAACAUUGUAAAGGGACUGUUGUCCGGAGGUGCCAGAGUCAUUGUCACUACAAGCUCCUAUGCUAAAGCGACCAAGUUCUAUCAGCAGCUAUUCCGCAUGUAUGGUUCCAAGACUUCUUGUCUCAUGGUCGUUCCAUACAAUGCAGGUAGCCACCAAGAUACCGAAGCAGUGAUAGAGUACAUCUACAGCCUUGCAGAUGGCGAAUGGGAUUUGGACCACAUCAUUCCAUUUGCGGCUAUUUCUGAGACUGCCAACGGCAUUGAGCUGGGUCCUAAAUCAGAGUUGGCGCACCGCAUGAUGCUCACGAACACCCUUCGCUUGCUUGGCGCCGUCAAGAAGGCAAAGGAAGCUCGCCACAUCACUACUCGACCAGCUCAAGUGAUAUUACCAUUGUCGCCCAAUCAUGGCGUCUUCGGUGGGGAUGGCCUCUACUCCGAGUCGAAGCUUGGUCUUGAAGGUCUCCUGAACAAGUGGCACACGGAAGACUGGUCCGAGUACCUCUCAGUGUGUGGCGCCAUCAUCGGCUGGACGCGCGGCACUGGCCUCAUGAACGACAACAACAUGGUCGCUGAAGGUGUCGAGGCGCUAGGACUGAAGACCUUCUCUCAGGACGAGAUGGCUAUCAACAUUAUGGGCUUGAUGGUUUCGCCGGUCUUGGAAUUCACUCAUGAAGAACCUAUCCUUGCUGACUUGAGCGGCGGGAUGAGCGCAGUACCAAAUCUCAAAGAGCAGAUUGCUGACAUCCGUAAGGAGCUGUCAGACAUCAGUUCUAGUCGCCGUGCUCUCGUCAAAGAGCAGCAAGCUGAGUUUGACAUGCCACUCGUCAAUGCGAAGCCCACCACUCUUGCUCCGUUCAAGAAGCGCGCCAACAUCAAGUUCGAAUUUCCCCGACUUGCCGACUACAGUUCUGAAAUCGAGCAUAUAUCAUCUUUGGAAGGCAUGAUUGAUCUUGACAAGGUCGUGGUUGUCACUGGCUUUGGCGAGGUUGGCCCUCACGGCAGCUCUCGCACCCGCUGGCAGAUGGAGUCUUUCGGCCAACUCACAUUGGAAGGCUUCAUCGAGAUGGCCUGGAUGAUGGGACUCAUUGAAUACCAGACCGGUGAAGGGCAGCCCUAUAGUGGCUGGGUUGAAAAGGGCACGAAGAAACCCGUUAAUGACGACGAAAUCAAACAGAAAUAUGAGGAACACAUCUUGAAGCAUAGCGGAAUUCGAAUCCUAGAUGCACGUGCGCUCGACGGCCCUGAUCCAGCGGCUAGACAAGUCCUUCAUGAGAUCGACCUACAGCAUGACUUUGCACCUUUCGAGGUCUCCAAAGAAACCGCUGCCGAUCUGCUUCGUGAGAAUGGCAACAAAGUCACCGUUAAGCCUGCCGCGGGAGGUGACACUUGCAUUGUCACUCUGCAUAAGGGAGCUCGCCUCUUGGUGCCAAAGUCUCUGGCCUUCGACCGGACCGUUGGUGGUCAAGUUCCAACUGGCUGGGACCCUCGCGUUUACGGUAUUGCCGAGGAUAUUGUCAACCAAGUUGAUCCGGCAACUUUGUACGCAUUGGUUUGCACCGCCGAAACUCUCCUCUCGGCUGGCAUCACAGAUCCGUACGAGUUCUAUAAAUACAUUCACGUCUCGCAGCUUGGCGUGUGUGUCGGAUCUGGCUUUGGUGGUGCCGCAUCCCUGCAGGGCAUAUACAAGGAGAGGUUCAUGGACAAGGCGGUGCAGAACGAUGUCCUAGCUGAGUCUUUCAUCAACACCGGUAGUGCAUGGAUCAAUAUGUUGUUGCUCUCAUCUUGUGGACCUAACAUCACGCCCGUCGGCGCGUGUGCUACCGCACUGGAGUCCCUCGAUGUUGGUGUUGAGGUCAUAUCUAGUGGCAAGGCCAAGGCUGUCUUUGUUGGCGGCUACGACUAUCUCGCUAAAGAUGUAGCCUACGAAUUUGCUAACAUGAAGGCAACGAUCAACACUGACGAAGACUUUGCUCGGGGCCGCACAGCUGCGGAGAUGUCUCGGCCUGCUACUACAACUCGUGCCGGGUUUGUUGAGUCUGAAGGUUGCGGUAUUCAGCUUCUGACAAGCGCGAAGCUCGCUCUGGAGAUGGGCUUGCCUAUUCACGGAAUCAUAGCCUUGACGCGUACUGCGAGUGACAAAGCAGGCCGAUCACUUCCAGCACCUGGUCGGGGAACAAUCAGUUUCAGUGGAGCAUCUAAAGGCAACUUCGAUUCACCGCUGCUGAACAUCAGUUAUCGCAAGCGCCAAAUUGAGCUUCGCAUGACUCAGAUCUUGGAGAACGAGCAAUCUGAGAUCGCGUAUCUCAACGAGGAGCUGGCGGGGUAUAAAGCUGGCUCAGUCGAUUUCGACAUCGAUGCUUAUCGUCAACAUCGCCUAGACGCCGUGCUCACCGAGACUAAGAAGCAACGUUCGGAUGUGCUCAACAGCUAUGGAAAUGAAUUCUGGAAGCGAGAUUCGAAGAUCUCACCAAUGCGCGGUGCACUUGCGACAUGGGGUCUCACGAUUGACGACGUCUCAGUUGCAUCUUGUCAUGGAACAUCGACUGUAAAGAAUGAGCUGAAUGAGUGCGGUGUCAUUCAGGAGCAGAUGAACCAACUGGGUCGUUCCAAGGGCAACCCGGUCUUCGCUGUCUUUCAGAAGCACCUCACUGGCCAUCCUAAGGGCGCGGCGGCUGCAUGGAUGCUCAACGGAGCCCUACAAAUCAUGGACUCCGGCUUGAUUCCAGGCAACCGCAAUGCAGACAACAUCGACAUCGAGCUCGAGAAGUUCGACCACAUUGCUUUCCCUAGCGAGACCAUCCACACGUCGCAGGAAGUCAAGGCCUUCAUUGUUAGCUCAUUUGGCUUCGGCCAAAAGGGUGCACAAGCCAUAGGCAUUCACCCCAAGUACCUGUUCGCAGCUGCGGGCAAAGAAGCAUACGCGACGUAUCAAGACAAGGUUCGCAAGAGGCAGGACAAGGCAUAUCAUCACUUCCACAAGUCGAUGAUGACGAAUAGUAUGUUCCAAGCCAAGGAUAACCCGCCUUACGGCAAAGAGAUGGAGACCGAGUUCCUCACGAACCCUGAUGCCAGGCUUCCGAUGGAUAUGGAGCUGUGA